UAAAAACCGCAACUUUUGGCGGCGGCGGGUACCCAUUUCUCCGGCAGGCUUCAGCAUUUGGCGAUACCUAUUGGCAUUAAACAUGUUGGAACAUGAUGCUAAUCCAACUAUCAGCAAGUCAACGGGCCUGCCUCGGAAGCGCUUCUACCGUGCUAGAGCGCACAGCAACCCUCUGAGCGACUCUCACUUCCCAAUACCAAUCUGCCCCAGUGAAGUUGACUAUUCCCUUCAUUACCCUCAACUGUUCCCUUCAAAUGAUCAGCUACAUAGAUCCAAAAGGAUCGAAUUUGCUGAUAUUGGCUGUGGUUUUGGAGGUCUUCUGAUCAGCCUUUCGACCCUUUUCCCCGAAACCUUGAUGAUCGGAAUGGAACUCCGAGAUAAAGUAACCGAAUACGUUAAGGAACGGAUCUUAGCGUUGAGAGUAGCAAAUCCUGGCCAGUACCAAAACGUUUCGGUAGUUCGAACAAAUUCCAUGAAAUACAUCCCAAACUACUUCGAAAAAGCUCAACUAUCAAAAAUGUUUUUCUUGUUCCCGGACCCCCAUUUCAAAGAGAAGAAUCAUCGCCGACGCGUUAUCAGUCCACAUUUGCUCGACGAGUAUGCAUAUACCCUGAGAGUCGGAGGGAUUAUAUACACAAUCACAGACGUGGAAGAGCUUGGAGAGUGGAUGAAAUCUUGUCUAGAAAACCACCCGUUGUUCGAAGCUCUAACAGCGGAAGAGCUCGAGGUAGAUCCAGCCGUAAAGCUGUUGAGUUCUGCAACUGAGGAAGGGCAGAAGGUUGCUAGAAAUGAGGGACAGACAUUUCAGGCAGUUUACAGACGUAUUAGUGCAGCACCAUGAGUUGGAAGGAUUGAGCCUUCUGGGUUCGCAUUUGAUUGAAGCAAUGAGUUGUUUACCUCCCUAGACAUUUCAGGCACUUUACAUUCAUCUUUUUUACUGAAACCUAUAAGAAUUUUGAUCUGAUUUACUUCAAAUGGGAGCUAGACUGAAAGGUUUCUCCUAAGCUAUUAGAAUUACGGUUCGUAUGGAAAGUUCAUAUCAAAACAUCGUAAAUAUGUUUCUAUACCUCGAUUGAUGUAACAGCCUAAGCCUACUGCUAGCA